AUGGGCUUCCGAACGCUGUCCGCAGCUGUCGCUUCCAUGCUCUUUAUGAGCCAGGCUAACGCCGCCCUCGACCCCAUCAUCAUGAAGGGUACCAAGUUCUUCUUCGAGAACGGCACGCAGUUCUUCAUCCGGGGUGUCGCUUACCAGCAGGGCGUCGGUGCCGCCGGCUCGACGAAUGCCUCGGCCCCCUACGACGACCCCCUCGCCGACAUCAACCGCUGCAAGCAGGAUGUCCCCAUCCUGGCCGGCCUGAGGACCAACGCCAUCCGGACGUAUGCCAUCGAUCCCACCAAGGACCACAGCGCCUGCAUGAAACUGCUCGACGACGCUGGCAUCUACGUCGUUUCCGACCUGAGCGAGCCCUCCCUGUCCAUCAACCGCGACAACCCCUCGUGGAACGUCGAGCUGCUCGACCGCUACAAGGCCGUCGUCGACGAGAUGAGCAAGUACUCCAACGUCAUCGGCUUCUUCGCCGGUAACGAGGUCUCCAACAACAAGACCAACACGGGCGCCUCGGCCUACGUCAAGGCCGCCGUCCGUGACACCAAGGCCUACAUCAAGUCCAAGGGCGGCCGCUGGAUGGGUGUUGGCUACGCCGCCAACGACGACGUCGAUAUCCGCACCGAGAUUGCUCACUACUUCAACUGCGGCAACCAGAGCAAUGCCAUCGACUUCUGGGGCUACAACAUCUACUCGUGGUGCGGCCACUCCUCCUUCCAGCAGUCCGGCUACGCCGACCAGGUCAAGUUCUUCAGCAACUACUCGGUCCCCGUCUUCUUCGCCGAGUACGGCUGCAACACCCAGGGUGGUGCCAACGGCCGUAUCUGGGAGGAGACUACUGCCCUGUACUCCAACGAGAUGACUGGCGUCAUCUCGGGCGGUAUCGUCUACGAGUACUUCCAGGAGGUCCACGACUAUGGUAUGCGUCCCACCUCUACUCUACUCUUCUAUCUUGGUCUGGUCACGCUCGGCAGCAACGGUCAGGCUACCACCAUGAAGAACUACAACGCUCUCAAGACCGUCAUCGCCUCGGUUAACCCCAGCUCGACCGCCAUGUCCGCCUACAACCCCACCAACAGCCCCGCCGCCUGCCCGCCCCUGAACGCCGACUGGCAGGCCAACGCGAACCUGCCCCCGACCCCGGACAAGUCCACCUGCGACUGCAUGGAGAGCAACGUGCGGUGCACCGUCUCCUCGAGCGUCGACGAGAAGGACUACGGCAAGCUGUUCGGCCUCGUCUGCGGCCUCAAGGGCAACCCCUGCGCCGGCAUCAACGGCAACACCACGACGGGCGUCUACGGCGCCUUCUCCAUGUGCAGCCCCAAGCAGAAGCUCGCCUUCGCGCUCGACUCGUACUACCAGUCCCAGGGCUCCGCCAAGGACGCCUGCGACUUCAAGGGCCAGGCCAACCUCGUCACGCCCAAGGGCGCCGCCUCGAGCUGCUCCGCCCUGCUGUCCUCGGCCAGCGCCUCCAACAGCUUCGCCGCCACGGCCACGGCCGCCAAGACGGGCGGCGCCUCCGGCGGCGCCCAGGGCACCAAGAACGUCGCUGCCCCCGUCCCCAUCCAGAACGCCUUCACUAUUGGCCAGGUCGCCGUCGGCAUGUACGUCCUCGUCGCUAUGGCUACCGGUGCUGGUAUGAUGAUCCUGUAA